AUGCCGUCUGCCUUCCGCCACGCCAUCAGUGCGGACAUUCCAGCUAGCCGGGAUGGCACUCAGCGUCUAGGUUUCGCAACGCCUGCUCCGGUAGCCCCGCCGAUGCCACCCGCGCCUGCUUCGCGCAGCCUGUUCGGCGACACUGUGCAGCCCGAGUCUCUGAGUCUGUUCUCGUCCACGUCCUCUGACCCAUUGGCGCUAUGGACACUCCAUCGUGACACUGAACUGGCGGAAGACUCGGGCGUACAAAUCUUGGCGGAUGCGACCGACGCAGCAGCACCGUCAGACUUGGAAGAGGCGACGUCUGGAUUCAAGCUGCGUGUGGAGGCUGCGUCGAGAGGCACCAGCAUCGAAACAGUCCUACACAUCCAGUCGCCAGCGAUCCGCAACACCUUCAUUCGCAGUCCUCCAUCACUGGAAGCAGAGCUGGGGAUCAAGCUGCCGCAUAUCUCGUUCCAGUUUCGAUCCAUCGGCAACGCUCGGCCUUUCGCGUUCGAAGUGGGCAUCAAGGACCGAAUCGGAUGCAGCGGCAUUGUCCGCCUCAGCAGCUUUCAGACCAAGCCGAAGCUCUACUUGCCUCUUGCGAGCAGCGCAACAGCCGGGCCUUCUGAGCCCAUGAAGAGUCGGCCAUCCCGGCCGUUGCUGCAUCUUCCCCUGACAACGGCACCAACACCAGAUCAAGACGAAGCGACGCUCACCGCAUGGCAGGUCGUGACGCUGCCUCUUGACCGCAUCGCUCGGUCACUAUCCGACACCUCGUUGCUGUCCGCCACCCCUCAGGACUCUCGCCCCUCGCAUCUCGAUCCUUUCGGCGAAUUCGACUCGAUCUCCUUCUGCACCAUGUCGGCUCAACAUGAGCCGCCAGCGGCUUCGACCCAGGAAAAGGUCGCUACGGCUGUGGCGCCGCCAAGCGCAGCCCGAACCGAUGUUGCGGCCAGGGCCGAGGAGACUUCUGCUGUCCGCUUCGUGCUCACCGACAAGGCGCUCGACGAUGCCUUCAACGAUGUCUGGGCCAACAAUGCGAACGCAAUCUCGCACUGCUACUCCAAUACCGAUGCACUCAAGGUCGACUUUACCCGCACUGGCAAGAGGAGUUUCCUGGGCAUGAUCAACGAUGCAACCAACUCGGUAUACAGAAUGGUCCAAGGCGCAGUGACUGACUUCUUCCGCCAGACUGUGCUCGACUUCACGUAUGGCUCCAUUGGCCUUCACGGCCUCGAGCGCUACUACGACGAUCUCAACAGCCGCGAUCCGUCCGAGUCCAUUCGGCUCGCUCGUGUGCGCACCUCCGCCAUCGAAAGCUGUCGACGCGAAGUGGUACCGGAUACCGAGCCGCUCAUCGGUGGCUGGACACUUUGCUCCCCGCUUCAGCCCAAUACGGUGCAGGCGCUCAAGCUCGAGGAAAAGGUCGCUUUGCUCACUUCCAAGGCUCUGUACGUGUGCAGCUACGACUUCGGCAGCGAGAAGCUCAACGAGUUCACCAAAGUACUUGUGGGCGACAUCGUUGGCAUCCAGGAAGGGCUGUAUGUGACGUCGCCGCACGAGUCGUCACAUCCCGAAGACAACUGGGGCGUCGUGGUGACCUACCUCAAUUCGAUCUCGCGGAGCAACACGACGGCGUCCAUCAAGAACCUCACCACCACAGCGGCGACCGCUUCGUCCGCACACGCUGCCGACGCUGCCAGACGCAUCUUUGCGUUCCGCGCCAUCUCGGACGAGGUCGAGGAUGCGGCAGCAGCAGACUCGAGCGCGACCAUGCGUUCGCGCCAUCUUUACCACACGGUCAAAGGCGGCUCGUUGGGCACGGCGCCGAGCAACCGCAGCACUGCGGCAGCUGCCGCGGAUGACGACGACGAUGGGCCUGUCUCGUCCAAACGCAAAGUGGCGAGGAUUGUAGAGCUGCUGUGCGAAUGCUGUGCAGACGCAGGCGCCUAUGAUCCGGACCAAGAGGAUGAGGAGGAACCAUUCGUCACGAGCAAGACCAUUCAGAGGUGCGCACCAGCCUCAUCUCCAUUUGACAUCGAGAGCACGAUACUGACACACUUCUUCCCUGCCUCUUACAGUCUGGACGAAGCCAAGGCUAUGAUGCCUCUCUUCGGACCGCUGAUCGAGGGCCUCAAGCGCCGACUCUGGCUCUAG